AUGGAAUCGCUCUCUUGCAGCCAGUGCUCUCGCCAGUACGCUAGCUAUAGUGCAUACAACAGACACCGAAAGACCCACGACCGCACGCGCUGGCACUCCUGCGACAUCUGCGACCUGCAGUUCUCGCGCAGCGAUGUGCUCCAUCGUCACAAACAGAUCCACGGCGAGUCCAGUGGUGGGAGCAAUAGCGUUCGACAGCGGUCGAUCCGGGCGUGCGACGAGUGUCGCCGGGGUAAGAUCCGGUGUGACAACGGCAAUCCGUGUCGCAACUGUCUCAAGGCUGGCAAGGCCUGUGCGUAUCGCAUGAAGUCGACUCGUCCCAGUGUCCGCGACUUUCCGAAGCGCAGUGCUGCUAACAAGUCUCGAUCUGAGGCUGCUACGUCUGCCACCGUCACGACGGCCUCCUCUUCAUCGCAAAAUGAGAGCUUGAUUUCGACUAUGCUGAGUCCGGCUUCGGCCCUGGAGCCCGCUACCGGGGCCCCUAAUCUGCUAUCGCAAGCAGCAGCGCAACCGGUGGUGGAUUUCGAGUCGUUGUUACCAGUACCGCUGCCUGAAACUAAUGCGGUGCCGUUGUGGUCGGGGCCUCAGAUUAACACAGCAGGAAAGUUGAAUGGGCUUGGGCUGGAUUGGAAUGGAAGUCUCGGUAAGGAUGCUUCAUUCACACAUAUUGGCGACAUAUCUAUGGCCCCUGGGCUUGGGGCGGACCUUUCGAAUAGUUACAUGGCCGGCCCGACGAAAAGCAUGGGAUACAUGCCCAGCAUCAUCCCACCAGCAGCGACGCAACGCAAACCCCCAGAAGUUGUCCACGGAAUCGUACAAGAAGCGGUCGAUGAUUUCCAGCAGUUCCCCAUGAAUGACGUUGUUUUCCGCUGCCGCAAAAGGCGAGCCCUGUCCCAACUCUUUGAUUCUUCUUUCGGUGGCUUGGACGCGCCAAAGAGCGCAAGCCAUGUUCUACAUUCAUUUGUUACAUGCUUCUUCGACGAAUUCCAUCAUAUGUGGCCUAUAAUGUGGCGGCAGGGGUUUGAUUAUGACGCAGUUGAGCCCUUGCUCUACCUCACAAUGACCUCCAUCGGAGCCAUCUACGCUGGGACUUCUCGGGCGAAGGCGUAUGGCAUGUCCAUGCUGCACUCGUUAAAGGCAGCGGUUGUCAGUGCGUGCCUAGCAUGUCCAGAGCACGAGGACAAGCUGGAUCAGAUAUUCGAAGCCCUUCUUUUACUCGCAAUUGCAUCGCUGCACUUGGGCCAUGCCCGGACACCCAAGUAUAUCCACCAGGCAAGGGCUGUGCUGGCCUCCCACGCGCGAAGAGUCAAUCUUUUCAGCGAGACACCAGCACCAGACAGCCAAUACGACGGGGAGGAAAGCCUGACGAGAUGGAUCAAACUGGAGCGGAAACGACGGAUGGCAUUCGCCUUUUUGCGGUGGGAGGCCAUAUCAAGCAUUCUUCUAAACACAUCGCCCCAGCUUUCAUGCGAAGAACUGUGCCUGAAGAUCCCCUGUAAUCAGGAACUCUGGCUCUAUGUCGGACCAGACUGGCGCGAGAGACUGCUGACUGCACGCCAGGAGGCGGCCUUUCAUCCCAUGUAUGCAGAGCUCUUCUGGCACCUGCACGGGAGUGGAACUGGCAGUCUCAGUCUCACUCCUCUUUCGGCUCCCAUCCAUGAAUUGAUGCUUUACGGACUUCACCUGCCACUGGGGACGACACCUUUACAUACCCAGCAUGCCUUGCGAUCGCCUGAUUGGGAGUCCGUUAAAAGAAUGCUGAAUCCGAUCUCCCUAUACGACCGCGAGAACCUCUCAGCCUGGCUCCUGUACCACCUCGCAUACAUCCGAAUCCACUCUAACAUGAAUUUAUUUAAAAUCCCAUCCACAGAUUCAGACGUCUCUACCGCUCCAUUCGAGCAACAAAGAAUCAACGACUUAACCUGCUGGUCCACAACGACUUCCGCCAAAGUCGCCCUGUACCACGCAUGCCAGAUAUGGUACCUCAUCACCGCAACACUCCAACAAGACGACCUCGUAACACCCUACUUCCCAAACCAACGAGCCGCCUCGCAACAUAACAUCGUCGCCAUAAUAUGCCUGUAUUACGCCGGAGUCGUCAUGCGGACCAUGGCUGAUCUGUGUCCUACCAUUGACGCGCAAAUCUUACAGCCAAGGCACAUCAUGGGCGAGACUCUCCUUACGAGCUAUAACAUCCAUGUGGAAAUACAGAAGCUAGGCGAUGUAGCUUCGAGACUUUGUCCUUCCUCUGAGGAAACUUCUUGGCUUGUUACUGAGAUCAAAGCACUAUCCUUGGGGGGCUGGUUAGCUACUUCUCCCGCUGUGGAUAUCUGGGAACUGUAG